GGCAGCAACGGGAGGGAGAAGAACCACACCAGCAGUGUCGCACAGUGUAAAGAGAGCCUUUGAAAUUUUCUGGCUACCAAACCGAAGCUGUCCAUUUGCCAGACUUUUCAAAGCCCUGCAUCCCAACGACCGUCUCCGGUGUCUCUCUCUCUCGCUUGCUGCGUCGCGCUCCCUCUCGCUACCAGUGUGUCCCACCGCUGCCCCGUGAGCCUCUCUUGGGAGUGGCACGGCAUUUUACAACAUUGUGGACGUGAGGUUUCAGCGUUUGUUAGGGAAGUGGGAGUGGAACUAUGAAGAAGCAGCGGAGCGCUUGCCAGCGGUGGUAGGCAAGGGAUAGGGCGAAGGAGCUGACGAGUUGACAGUGGUCGAGUUUGUGUUUUGAAGCUUUGAGAUUUAGAUUGGGGGUGGAGAGAGAGAGAGGGGGAGAGAGAGAGAGAGAGAGAGAGAGAGAGAGCGAGCGAGAGAGGAAGGUGUGUUCAGUGAAGUGAUCGGCGAUGGCGCUCUCGGGGAUGCGGGGGCUGUCUGUGUUUAUUAGCGAUGUGCGGAAUUGCCAGAACAAAGAGCAGGAGCGGGUGCGGGUUGACAAGGAGCUUGCUAACAUUCGGACGCGGUUCAAGAAUGAGCGGGGCUUGUCUGUAUACGAGAAGAAGAAGUAUGUUUGGAAGAUGCUAUACAUUUACAUGCUUGGCUAUGAUGUGGACUUCGGACACAUGGAAACAGUGCAACUUAUUUCAGCUCCGAAAUAUGCAGAAAAGCAGGUUGGCUACAUCGUCACAUCUUGCCUGCUCAAUGAGAACCACGAUUUUUUGCGACUGGUCAUUAACACUGUCCGUAAUGACAUCAUUGGUCGGAAUGAGACUUUUCAAUGUCUCGCCUUAACAAUGGUGGGCAAUGUUGGUGGAAGAGAAUUUUCAGAAUCGCUGGCUCCAGAUGUACAAAAGUUGCUGAUCUCAAACUCUUGCAGACCUUUAGUGCGGAAAAAAGCAGCUCUCUGUCUGCUUCGUCUUUAUCGCAAGAAUCCUGAUGUCGUCAACGUCGAUGGCUGGUCGGAACGCAUGGUGCAGUUGUUGGAUGAGCGGGAUCUAGGAGUUCUUACAGCUGUCAUGAGUUUGUUGGUGGCACUUGUGGCAAACACUCCUCAUGCGUAUUGGAAUUGUGUACCUAAAUGUGUCCGUACAUUGGAACGAUUAACCAGAGGUCAGGAUAUUCCGCAAGAAUAUACAUAUUAUGGCAUUCCGUCCCCGUGGCUCCAGGUCAAAACAAUGCGGGUGCUGCAGUACUUUCCGAAGAUUGAUGAUCCUACUAUCAGGAAGUCGUUGCUUGAUGUUUUACAAAGGAUCUUGUUGGGCACGGAUGUUGUAAAAAAUGUCAACAAAAAUAAUGCAUCUCAUGCUGUUCUCUUCGAGGCUCUUGCGUUGGUGAUGCACCUGGAUGCCGACAAGGAAAUGAUGUCGCAAUGCGUAGUGUUGUUGGGGAAAUUUAUUUCUGUUCGGGAGCCCAACAUACGUUACUUGGGUUUGGAGAAUAUGACUAGGAUAUUACUAGUAGCUGAUGUGGCCGACAGUAUUAAGAAACAUCAAUCGCAAAUUAUCACAUCAUUGAAAGACCCAGAUAUCAGCAUUCGAAGGCGCUCUCUGGAUUUGCUGUAUGGCAUGUGCGAUGUCAGCAAUGCCAAGGACAUUGUGGAAGAGCUGUUACAGUAUUUGACAACUGCUGACUUUGGAAUUCGGGAAGAGCUCGCUUUGAAAGCUGCCAUUCUGUCUGAGAAGUUCGCUCCAGAUUUGUCUUGGUACGUUGAUGUCAUAUUACAGCUUAUUGAGAAGGCUGGUGAUUUUGUUAGUGAUGAUAUAUGGUACCGAGUGGUUCAAUUUGUUACCAACAAUGAUGAUCUACAGGUGCAUGCUGCAGCUAAGGCACUUGACUACUUGGAUAAGCCCGCUGUGCACGAAACUAUGGUGAAGGUUUCAGGAUACAUAUUAGGAGAAUAUAGCCAUCUUCUUGCCCGACGACCUGGUUGCAGCCCUAGGGAUAUUUUUCAUAUCUUAAAUGACAAAUUUCCAGCAGUCACGACUCCUACCAAGGCGUUACUCCUUUCUGCUUGUGUGAAGAUUAUGAUGCAUUGUCAGCCUCCGGACCCGGAGUUGGUGGAUCAAGUAGUUGCGGUCUUUAGGAGGUAUGAGAGCUCCGUGGAUGCCGAAGUGCAGCAAAGAGCCGUGGAGUUCCUUGCACUUGCUCGCAAGGGAACAGCCUUUGUGGACAUCAUGGCUGAAAUGCCGAAGUUUCCUGAGCGCCAGUCACCUUUGUUGAAGAAAGCAGAGGACACUGAUGGAGAUGCAUCUGAAGUGAGUGCUACCAAGAUACGGCAGCAGCAGAUGCAGCAGGAGCAGAACUCAACAGCUUUGGUAGUGGCAGAUCCGCAGCCUGCCAAUGGUGGCCUUCAUCCUGUUUCUGUACCAAAGACAGCUGCUCCCGCUCGGCACUCAGAGCAAGCAGUCACAUCAGAAACUCCUCAAGAUUCAAAAUCUUUCCCUCCUUCCCAAUCGCAAGCACACUCAAAUGGGGGAACCCCACAACAAGCUCCUGGGCACACCCCUGGGUCAGCUUCUGCUGACUUGUUGAGUGACCUUGUGGGCCCACUUUCCCUGGAGGCACCUCCUCCUGUAGCUUCUACAAGUUCUAGUGAUUUACUUGCGCUAGAAGCACCUCCAACACCAACUGCUGCAGCAGCUACACCUGCAGACUCUCUUGCGUUGGCCCUACUAGACAGUGCUCCUACCCAGGUCCAGCCUCUUGGAAAUGUUUCAGAAUGGUUCAAAGAGCUGACUCUAAAGGACAGUGGUGUACUGUAUGAAGAUCCUUAUGUACAGAUUGGUUUGAAGGCAGAGUGGCGUAAUGCCCAAGGCAGAAUUGUUCUUUUUGUUGGAAACAAACACACUGGACCUUUAACGAAUGUCAAAAGUUCAGUUUUGCCACCGCCUCAUCUAAGAAUGCAAUCAGCGGUUGUGCCUGAAAACAUUCCUCCAAGAGCGCAGGUGCAAGUUCCUGUUGAUGUGGCAUGCCUUAGUGCAAGCAGAGAAACUGCAGUGCUUGAGUUCAGCUUUAAUGUUGGUCAUGCGCCUGUGAGUGUGCAAUUAAAAUUGCCAACAUCGUUAAACAAAUUUUUGCAAGUCGCUCCUGUAUCGGCCAACGAGUUUGUCGCUCGAUGGAGGGCACUUGGAGGUCCACCAAGCAAACUUCAAGAAGUGGUCCGUGGUGUAAGACCUAUGCCCUUGGCGGAAAUGGCAAAUCUCUUCAUCCGCCUUCAUAUUGGUGUUGCUAAUGGCCUCGACCCCAACGUGAAUAAUGUUGUUGCUGCAACAACAUUUUAUUCUGGAACUGCAGCCACGUUGUGCUUGGUACGCGUUGAGACGGACCCAUCGGACAGGACGCAAAUGAGAUUAACAGUUGCUUCAGAGGAUCCCAACACGACAUAUGAGCUGAAGGAAUUCAUCAAAGAGCAAGUCAUGGACAUUCCGUUUCCAGGACAAUCGCCACAAGCUGCAACAGUUACACCUGCUACAAUCCCUCUGACUGGACCUGCUGCUGCGCUCGCAGGGCUUAUCUAAGAGUCACAAGUUCUUUUUUCUAUAACAUGCCGUUGCAUAGACUUACCUGGUCCACCUUGAUAUUAGGAACAAAUCUAUCGAUUUUAUAGAGGUUUCUACUUGCACAGCUCAUGCAACACUUUUUCAACGGAGUGGUAUACAUUAUAUAAUAUCCAUGCAUCAUUUAAUUCCUCUUAUCAGUUGUGUAAUUUAGGUGUGGAGGGUGAUUUUAGAGUUCUGAAACAUUAGAAUCGUAGGCAAUUUUAGCGUGCUUGUUGGCAGCGGCAGGAUAUUUGUUAUCUACAAACUAGAUUAAACAGCAUCGUCCAAGUGAUGUCUAUGUAGAGCAUGGUUAUUUCAUGCAAGAAUCCCAGUGUUAUUUUAUAUUGAAUAAGGGUAUUGCUCAGUUUUGCAUGUUCUGUCUCA